UUAUUGAAACGGACAAACGAACGUUUCUGCUGCGCACAUAAUUUGGAAUAGUUUUGCGCACAAAGGAAGUGCCUAGCCUAGCGGUGACGAUAAGAAAUAGCAAGAAACUUCAUUCAGUUCAUUUUGCCUUCUUGUUUAGGAUGUUGGGUGCAGUGACAAGAGCUUCUUCCAGCCUUUUGGCUGGAAAAACUAUUGAAAAAGUUGGUUCUGAAUCCCUUAAAGUUAUCUCUUCCUACAAUGUACAAAAACGAGAUUUAGCUGCUAAAGCUGCAGCUGCUAGUAAGGUACAAGGAAAAGUUGUAGCCGUUAUUGGUGCCGUCGUAGACGUACAAUUUGACGAUGAAUUACCACCUAUCUUAAAUGCCUUGGAAGUCCAAAACAGACAACCCAGGCUGAUUCUUGAGGUUGCUCAGCACUUGGGAGAAAAUACAGUACGUACUAUUGCUAUGGAUGGUACAGAAGGUAUCGUUCGUGGUCAACCUGUCAAUGAUACAGGUUACCCAAUCCGUAUUCCAGUAGGAGAGGCCACUUUGGGAAGGAUUAUGAAUGUAAUUGGUGAACCCAUUGACGAAAGGGGUCCCAUUGAAACUGAGAAGAGAGCCUCCAUCCAUGCCGAAGCUCCUGAAUUCGUAGACAUGAGUGUAGAACAAGAAAUUCUUGUAACUGGAAUCAAGGUCGUAGAUCUUUUGGCCCCCUAUGCCAAAGGAGGAAAAAUUGGUCUCUUUGGUGGUGCAGGUGUAGGAAAAACUGUAUUGAUUAUGGAACUUAUUAACAAUGUAGCGAAAGCCCAUGGUGGUUACUCUGUAUUUGCUGGAGUAGGAGAACGUACCCGUGAAGGUAACGAUUUGUAUCAUGAAAUGAUUGAGUCUGGAGUCAUCUCCCUUAAAGACAAAACCUCAAAGGUAGCUCUAGUCUAUGGUCAAAUGAAUGAACCCCCAGGCGCUCGUGCCCGUGUCGCCUUGACUGGAUUGACUGUAGCUGAAUAUUUCCGUGAUCAAGAAGGACAGGAUGUAUUGCUUUUCAUUGACAACAUUUUCAGAUUCACCCAGGCUGGUUCCGAGGUAUCUGCCCUUUUGGGUCGUAUCCCCUCAGCUGUAGGUUACCAACCCACCUUGGCCACUGAUAUGGGUACUAUGCAGGAACGUAUCACCACCACCAAGAAAGGUUCCAUUACUUCUGUACAAGCCAUCUACGUACCUGCUGAUGACUUGACAGAUCCCGCCCCUGCCACCACUUUUGCCCAUUUGGACGCUACCACUGUAUUGUCUCGUGCUAUCGCCGAGUUGGGUAUCUAUCCUGCCGUAGAUCCUCUUGAUUCUACCUCUCGUAUUAUGGACCCUAACAUCAUUGGAGCUGAGCAUUACAAAGUUGCCCGUGACGUACAAAAAAUCUUGCAAGAUUACAAAUCUUUACAGGAUAUUAUUGCCAUCUUGGGUAUGGAUGAAUUGUCUGAAGAUGACAAACUUACAGUAUCUCGUGCUAGGAAGAUCCAACGUUUCCUGUCUCAACCUUUCCAGGUUGCUGAAGUUUUCACUGGUCAUGCUGGAAAACUUGUUCCUCUUGAAGAAACCAUUAAGGGAUUCCAAAAAAUUCUUGCUGGUGAAUUAGAUCACUUACCAGAAGUUGCUUUCUACAUGGUAGGACCCAUUGAAGAAGUAGUACAGAAGGCAGAAAAAUUAGCUGAAUCUACAUAAAUUAUAUAAGGAUUAAAUUUUGUAUAUUUAUUUCGCAUUUGUUCCAUCAGCAUAUAAAAAACGGCAGUACAUAUUUCUAUUCCAUCGCCAGAGUUUUUUUUAUAUAUUAAAGAAUUUGUUUAGCCUCGAGUCAAUCGUGAGGUUUAUUUGUUGUAUUUUUAACUAUUAAAUAAAAUAGAUCUAAAAAU